AAUAUGUUUAGUGUGGUGUUUAUUAAUAUUAUUUUGACGCUUUGGUGAGGUCAGAGUUCAGUUCACACGGAUGUCGUCAUGCGCUGAAGAUGGCAGACGGGGAAGGAGGAUGGUGGGGAGGCUGGUUGACACAGAGCUUCCAGACCGUCAAAGACAAGUCAGCUGAGGCGUAUGAGUUUAUCAAACGAGACCUGACAGAAUUCUCCAGCGUGGUCCAACAUGACACAACAUGCUCCAUUGUUGCGACAGCGAACGCUGUUAAGAGCAAACUGGCCGUUGAAGGUUCAUCAGAGGCCACGGAAAAGGUGAAGAAGGGCCUUUCAAAUAUACUGGGUGUGAUCACAGACACUUUGGCCCCUCCCCAAGACAUGACCAUCGACUGUGAUGUCAUCACGCUGGUGGCCACUCCUUCAGGCACAACAGAGGUGUAUGACAGCGGCAAGGCUCGACUCUACAGUCUUCAAGCAGACCCGGCUACAUACUGCAAUGAGCCAGACGGCCCUCCACAACAGUUUGAUUCCUGGCUCUCCAGUUUCAUUUUAGAAGAGAGGAAGGCAGAGAUCUCUGAACUGCUGGUCAACAGUCCUGCCAUAAGAGCUCUUUAUACUAAAAUGGUGCCGGCGGCAGUGGCUCAUUCAGAGUUCUGGCAGCGGUACUUCUAUAAAGUGUUCCAGUUGGAGCAGGAAGAGGCUAGGAGGGUAGCGUUGAAGCAGAGAGCAGAGCGCAAGACUUCUGAGAGUCUUGGCUGGGAGGAAGAGGACGAAGAAGGUGAGUUUCUUGGGGCCGCGUCUUCAUCUCGCUUAGAUUUCACACCCCCUGUGGAAGAGGCACGUGUCCCUGCGGUGACGAUAGAGACCCCUGAAAGCUCCUCUCCUCCUCAAGUGGUGGUUUCCUCCAGCAACGUAGCAUCUGACGUCACCCCCUCCGUAAGCAGUGACAGCGUCAGUUUCCCCACCCAGAUCGAGAAUCAAGCGGACUCGGUCACCAUCAGAGUCACGCAGCUGUCGCCCGCUGAUGAUGAGGUCUCUCAGAAACUCUCAGAGGCCAGUCUACAGGAGACAGUCCCGGAGGAGCGACCCGCGCCGCAUGAAGAGCCCGCCAGAGAGGACAUCGCUCAAGACCUCCGAGUGUUUGAGCUCAACUCGGACAGCGGCAAAUCCACACCCUCCAAUAAUGGCAAAAAAGGUUCGAGUACAGAUGUGAGUGAAGACUGGGAGAAGGAUUUUGAUCUGGAUAUGACAGAGGAGGAGGUUCAGAUGGCUUUGUCGAAAAUAGACGCAACGGAAGAGUUGGAAGAUGCAGACUGGGAGAACUGGGAGUGAGAAUCUGGUGGAGGGAAUUCUGGUCCGAAACCGACACGAGACGUUGCUGUACCCAAAGUGAACCAUGCUUAAUGUAUUUAACUCCUAGUCUACAGUCACACCUGCUCAUUUCACCAGUCCAUUGAGCAGGUCUCCUCCUGCGAAUGCAAUUAAC